UGUUAAUAAAAACCAUCAGUAUAUCAUUGAAUUUUCUUUGAUUUAUAAAUUACGUUUACUUGUGCUAGUUCUCGUUGUAAGUGCAGCAUUCUCUAUACAAUCAAAAUGUCAAAUAGUUCCUUCGAAGAUGGUAAACUCAUGGCUGUCAUAGGCGACGAGGACACCUGCGUGGGAUUUCUGCUUGGCGGCAUUGGCGAAAUAAACGAAGAGCGUCAACCCAACUUUAUGGUCGUCGAGAAAGACACCAGCGCUGCGGCCAUUGACAAGUGCUUCAAGCGCUUUGUGGCACGCGAGGAUAUUGCCAUUAUAAUGAUCAAUCAGAUAUAUGCGGAUAUGAUACGUGACACCAUAGACAAGCAUCUGCUGCCAGUGCCCACUGUGCUGGAGAUACCCUCGAAGCAGCAGGCAUACGAUGUCCACAAGGAUUCCAUAUUGAAGCGAGCGCGUGGCAUACUACAGCCCGUGGCACGUCGUCGUUAGUGCCAGGGCUCGCUGUACAGUAAAACUCCUCUAAUAAUACAGUGUUCAAUUUAUAUUGUUCGAAUUGUUGUAUUAAAUAUGAAGCACAUAGCAUAUGGCAUCCGCUUUGAAAGGUUUUUGUCAUUGUUACAAACUCGAUGGCACAAUUGAUUUGAAAACUUUCAGGCAAAAAAUAGAAAUAGUGAAAAUAAAACCCAAGAAUAGGAAAGCAAAGGAAAAUAAAGAAAACAAGCACCGCAAAUAUUUCGUGCAAGUUUUUCAAGUUUGCGUUUUAAGGAAAUUGUCGAAAAGAGCAGCAGGCAAAAUGGCAAAAAUCUGAGGCAAACAAGAAGGGUUGCAAGUUGCACGUUGCACGUUGCACUGGCAACCGCAACAACAGCUCGAGCCAUGACAAAAGCAACAACAAAGUGAGCGAAAACGAUACAAAUAAGCGUUGAAAAUGCCAAUACAUGGCAAAGCGUAGGGCGGAAACAAAAGCUCAACGAGAGAGAAAGAGAAGAAAAGCAGGAAGAGUGCGUGGAGGGGAGGCUCAACGCUGAGAAGACACAGCAAAAAGUAGCAGCAAACUCUUGAAAAGACAGCGCACAUUGAUACAAUUUACGUUGCAAGAGAGUUGAAUUACUGUGCAGCAUCUGGAGUUGGGGGCCAAGAGGGGGGCGCCAGCUACACUGGGCUACACAGUUUCGUAGAGCGCUUAGCGCAACAAAAGCAUGCGAAAACAAUAUUUGCGCAAAGUAUUUUACAGCAAACUUUUCGCGCCAAGAAGUUAACGCAAAAGGCAUUCAAAAAGUUGCGACAACUUUUUGGCGCCUUCUAGCAGUGGCAUGUCGCGCUUGGGACUGGGUGUGGCCUGGCGUCGCUGCCUCCUAAAAGUAGGCAUGGCGGGCGAGUUGCCGACACAACUCGACGCCUGGAAGUAUGCAGCGGUAAAUCGUAGCGCACAUCAUAUGCGGCCCACAGAUAGCGCCUAGCGCUCCAUUGAAAUUUAAUGAGCCGUGCAAUUUGAGAGCAACCAAAUGGCCAACUGUCAAAAACCAGCGCUGCAGGUACGCAAAUUCUGACAACAAAAUGGCGUGCAACGAUUUUCCAGAGCCUAAUUAACCGCACAGAUGUCACAGCCGUUGCAGCCCACCCACCAACCUUCUCCCAAUGCCCACUAAGCGCCAGGCGGCGCACGCUGCGUAUGCGUAAUCGCAUUUCGUUUGAUCUGCCAAAUGCAUUCGACUGCACAACUCAACUGUAAACGCCACACCCAUGCGCAACCACCCAGCGCCCCUACUCUGUGCU